AAAAAACAACUUGCCAGAUUUCCGAGCGCCAACAGGGCGCCGAUAAAAGUAGUGUGAUCUGUUCCUAAAGUUCGGUUUUGAUUUCCCUUGUGAACUAUGGAGAGUGACUUUUACCUGCGUUACUACGUGGGUCACAAAGGCAAGUUCGGUCAUGAGUUUCUGGAGUUUGAAUUCCGACCUGAUGGAAAACUGCGAUAUGCCAACAACAGCAAUUACAAGAAUGAUGUCAUGAUCAGAAAGGAGGCUUAUGUACAUAAAAGUGUGAUGGAGGAAUUGAAGAGAAUCAUUGAUGACAGUGAAAUCACCAAGGAAGAUGAUGCUCUGUGGCCCCCUCCUGACCGAGUAGGCCGGCAGGAGCUUGAAAUUGUCAUUGGCGAUGAACACAUUUCUUUUACAACAUCAAAAAUUGGUUCCCUUAUUGAUGUCAACCAGUCUAAGGAUCCAGAAGGCUUACGAGUGUUUUAUUAUCUUGUACAGGACCUGAAGUGUUUAGUCUUCAGCCUUAUUGGAUUACAUUUCAAGAUUAAACCAAUCUAGAUUGGAUAUUGUGGACAUGAGAGGGUGGGAAUUUUUAGUUACCAUAAUUAGGAAUUUUUUUCUGUAUAUGGGGGCAAUUUUUAUAAACAAUAAAUGAUGGUCUUUAAUAAAUGUGAUAACAUCUA